UCCAUUGCUCUCUCUCUUAUUCCCUUUUCUACAUCUCCUAUUUUAUUUUAUUUUUCCUCUCUAAAAAUUUCCUUUCAUACUCUCACUCACAUAUUAUUACCUCUUUUUUUUUUUUAACGUUGAAAAUGGAUGGUGACCAAAAUUUAUCUGAUUUAUUCGACGAUUCCGAAUGCGAUAUCUUCGGUAUUUUAGAGGCUUUAGAAGGCGGUGGAGGUGGAGGUGGAGGUGGUAAUAGUGGUAUUACUUCGAAAUUUAAUAAUAAUACCAACAACCAGACUACAACAAUCACAACCACGACCACAACCACAACGUCCGAUGAAAUUACGGGUUUGGUGUCAGAAGAAGGAAGGAAGAGGAAGUUAAUAUCUCAAAAGUCAACGGGUUCAAGUGCAACUUUACAAGAAGAGGAAACUAUAGAAAAUAAGAUUUCUCAUAUAACAGUUGAAAGGAAUCGCCGCAAACAAAUGAAUGAACAUCUCUCUGUGCUACGCACUUUGAUGCCUUGUUUUUAUGCUAAACGAGGUGAUCAAGCAUCAAUAAUUGGUGGGGUUGUUGAUUACAUAAACGAGCUACAACAAGUUCUCCAAUCCUUAGAAGCCAAAAAGCAACGCAAAGUUUAUAGUGAAGUUUUAAGUCCAAGAGUACUACCACCACAACUAGUCCCAAUUAGUCCAAGACUACUAACACCUUCACCAUUAAGUCCAAGAAAACCACCACUUAGCCCUAGAAUGAACUUACCAAUUAGCCCAAGAACCCCACAACCCACAAGCCCAUAUAAACCUAAUGCUAAUGCUAAUGCUAACAAGCCACUUGAACCAUCUCCUACUACUUCAUCAAAUUCUUCCAUUGAUAGUCAUGUCAAUAAUGAGCUUGCUGCUAAUUCAAAGUCAGCCAUUGCUGACGUUGAGGUGAAAUUCUCCGGCGCGAAUGUCAUAUUGAAGACCGUCUCUCCACGUAUUCCUGGCCAGGCUGUCAAGAUUAUUGCUGCUUUAGAACAACUCGCACUUGAAAUACUCCAUGUUAGCAUUAGUACUAUUGAUGGUACCAUGCUCAACUCCUUCACCAUUAAGAUUGGAAUUGAAUGCCAACUAAGUGCUGAAGAACUGGCUCAUCAGAUUCAGCAGACAUUCUGCUAAGAACAGUACUCAUUACUCUUUAGUAUAAUACUAGUCGUAAUUUUAGUACAUUUUUUUUUCAAUUUGGGAAAAUUAGAAGUGUCUCAUUCUAGUAGAGAUCUGACUAGGGAGCUGUAACAAUAAUAAGAGAAUGUAGUACGUAAAAUAGGUGAGGUCCGUAUAGAUUGUAAUGACUUUUAUUUAAAUUACUAGUAGUCGAUCGAUCGAUUAAUUAAUUAUAUAUAUGACCCUCCUCGAUCUUUAUUAUUGCUUUAA